AUGGAAGAGGCUGCAAUCUUCAUGGUGGGAAACAAUACUGAUCAAGACUAUGAAGCAUUGGAGGAAAUUUUUGCGUUUAAUUCACAAUCGGAUCAUGGAGAUUACAAUGAAUACAAGUUCUUGGCUGCUAUUAUUUACAGUGCUUUAGCUAUAGGAGGUUUGGCUGCAAAUAUUCUUUUUUGUUAUGUGAUAUGGAGAACUGACAAGCUACAUACGGUUACACAUAUGUUAAUGACAAAUCUUGCCGUUUCAAAUAUCCUUUUCCUGAUGUUUCAUCCACCAUAUUUCCUUACAACAUUUAUUCUGGAAUCAAAUUGGAAAUUUGGAUCUAUCAUGUGCAAAGCAUCGUUCUCUGUGGGUUAUGUUACUGUGACAGGCUCUUUCUACUUUAUGUGUUUGGUGGCUAUCGAUCGAUGGUUGGCAAUAUUCUUUCGAAAAAAACGUAUGGAUCGUGAACAAUGUAUUUUUUUAACAACGGGAGCAUGGAUAUUAUCCGUGAUUGUGGCAUCACCAUACAUUUACAAAAGCCAGGUAUUAGAUAUGAACAUUUUACUGGAUGAUGAUCCACUAAAAACUGUUAAAACGGAAGUAACACGAUGUGGUGCUGAAAGUAUGCCAUGGGAUGAUAUUGCACUAAUUCUCACUAUUCUUGUACAAUAUGUUGUUCCAUUAGUGAUUAUGAUACCUGCAUAUUCUCAUUUAUCGUAUUUUCUUUGGCAACGGCCUACUGUAGGAAUACAAUCGAAGGAACGAGCACGUAAAGCGAAUGCAAAACGGAGGCGACUAACAAUUACACUUAUUGCCAUCAUCUCUUGUUGGUCACCGUUGUUUUCGGUUGGGAUCCUACAUCGUUUUCAUCCAGAAGUCUCAUUUCCCCUAUACAUAAUCACAUCGAUGAUCGCAUUGGUUGGUGUGUUGUGUACACCUUUGUGUUACAUGGCAAACGAUGGUUUUCAUCAACAAAUCGUUCAACUUUUCCCAUGUUUACAAGUGAAUGAAAAUCCAAGUGAUCAAGCAUCCCAGCGUUUUCUUGAAGGAGAGGCAAUUACACGACAUAAAAAAGCUGCAACCGUUGCCACUUAUAAUACAACGGAUACAUCCGUAGCUUUACACGAAAGACAAAAAGGGAGUAAUGAGACUAAUAAGGAUUCUCCAAUAACAUCGAAGAUUCCGUGCAAAACAAAUCCCAACGAUGAUCAACGUGGAGAUAUCGUAUAA